GCUUACCAAUUCUUCUGAGAGACUCUGCAAAAUUCUGAUGGCAGAACAAAUAUGCACAAGGAAGAGAUCAGACUUGAACGAUCUGAAAGAGCUGGCCCUGUCGAUUCUGGACGAGACUGGCUUUUCGGAGGCCAAGCCUCCGAAAAGAGUCAGGUCAGUGAGACAGCCGGCUCAGAAGAAAGUACAAUCAGGGAUUUGAAAGGUUGGAAAUGUAAAAAAGAGGGAUGCUAAGUUUAAAAAUAAACUUAGAGUGCUCCUGGAUCAAUGCAAUACAGUGAAUAUUAAAAAAUAUUCUCAGAAAAGGCUGAAUGGUCUAAAUACUAAAGAAUGCUCAAAGGCAUCUAAAUGUAAUCAACCAGCUAUGCAGAACAAAAGAGUCAACAACUUGACCUCUAAUAACCUUUGCCCUAAAUAUAUUUAGGAUCAAAACCUUAAAAUGCUUUGAAAAGGAAUCAACUAUUUAAAAGUCCUAGUUAAGCUUGGAAACUUUAACACCGCUUGCACUAAUUUAUAACAUUUCA